AACAUUCGCUACACCUAAAGCAGCUAUCGAAAAGUCACAGUGUACGUUUCGCUUGACGUAAAACAAAACGUAUCAAUAGCAAUGUGUUCGAUAAAGUUCGGCUGCUUGACGUAAAACUUGAUCAGAAACAUUAAUUACCGUUUCGACUGCGACGAGUAUCGAUUGGCUCUUCGUCUUAGCACUUGUAACCUUAACGAAGAUGACCUUGUACUGGCAGUGUUCAGACACAAAGCAUUAUUACUGUGCCCAGACAAAAGUGGGUUAGUGUUUACCUAGUCUCGUUUCCGUUCUUGAUUUCUAGACCUUUUGCUAAAGCUCGACUGUCUGAGAAAACAAGGCCUGUCAGCUGUUGUGUUGCACCGAGAUCAAGGCCAGCGUGGCAUAGAUGCUGGUUUUCAAAGGGAAAUAAAUCGGAUCAACGGAAUUUUUUUGGUGGGGGGUAUUGACAAAAGACGUGCAGUGUAAAGUACGUUGUGAAUAUAAUAAAAAAAAAAAAAAAAAACGAGGAAACCACCAAAGAAUGCUAGAUAGACUGUUGGACGUCUUGACUAGACUUGUUAAGACAAACACUUAUUGUGAAGCAACUAGAUACGGCAGAGAUGUAAAGCUAAUCUUGCCAUUAAAGUGACAUUGUAGCAACAUCGCGUUCGAUGCAUCGUAACAGUCAGACAAGUGCAAUCAGCUUAUAACAAAAAUUAAAAAAAAAAAAAAGAUGUCUCGUCCAGAAGCCAACGUGGUAACCCAUGAGUUAACCGAAGUUUGUGCGAAAUAAAAGAAUUGCAGAGUGUUCGAGUGGCUGAGAAAAAGAAAAGGGAUUUUGAAAAAAUUAUUCGACGUCGUUUGUCAGUCGUGAAAAUGGGUGUACACACUCAAGGAGAGAGUGGAUUCUUCGACGACGAUCCAGACGAAUUGCCGGCCAUGGUUCAAAACGAAUCCAUUGAGCAGCACGAAACGGCUAACGCCACUGUCGUUAACCUGACCGGACGAGGCCGUGUAGAUAUGUCCAACUUCGAAUUGCUGAAAGUACUCGGGACUGGAGCUUACGGAAAAGUGUUCCUGGUGAGGAAGCAAGGUGGCAAUGACCACGGAACUCUUUACGCCAUGAAGGUGUUGAAGAAGGCUUCCAUCGUUCAAAAGAAGAAGACGGCCGAACACACCAUGACGGAGCGCCAGGUUCUCGAAGCCGUCCGACAAUCUCCGUUCCUAGUGACUCUCUAUUACGCCUUCCAGACCGACGCCAAGCUCCACCUCAUUCUCGAUUACGUCAGUGGAGGAGAGCUUUUCACUCACCUCUAUCAACGGGAAAGAUUCGCAGAGAACGAAGUGCGCAUCUACAUAGCUGAGAUCAUUUUAGCACUGGAGCAUUUACACAAGCUCGGCAUCAUCUACCGCGAUAUCAAGCUGGAAAAUAUUCUUCUCGACUCGCAAGGCCACAUCGUAUUGACCGACUUUGGACUUAGCAAGGAAUUCUUGCCGCACGAGAAGAAUACUAGGGCCUAUUCGUUUUGCGGUACGAUUGAAUACAUGGCCCCGGAGAUCGUGCGAGGUGGAGGCGCAGGCCACGAUAUGGCGGUCGAUUGGUGGGGCGUAGGAGUUCUAACCUACGAGCUGCUAACAGGAGCAUCACCUUUUACAGUCGAAGGCGAGAAAAACAACCAGCAGGAGAUUUCCAGACGUAUUUUGAGCAUCCAUCCGCCUAUUCCGGGCGAAUUAUCGAUGGAGGUAAAAGACUUCAUUAGUCAAUUGCUGACCAAGGAUCCGAGCCGUCGGCUUGGUGGGGGCCCAUCAGAUGCUGCGGAGCUCAAACAACAUUCCUUUUUUAGAAAUUUGAACUGGGAUGAAGUGGGCAAAAAAUUAGUACGUGCGCCAUUCAUACCGCGCAUCGCCGACGAACUGGAUGUCAGCAAUUUCGCAGAAGAAUUCACCGGAAUGGCAGCGACAGAUUCCCCUGCAAUAGUUCCCGCCAACGUCGAUAAAAUUUUCAAGGGUUACUCCUACAUAGCCCCGUCUAUCCUGUUUACGGACAAUAUAAUCAGCGAAGAUUUAUUCGCCAUAUCAGCUGACAACAAACCUACGCUGUCCAACAUAAUUGGCGCGAGAUUUAAGAAUUCCACCUUUUUCCUUCAUUAUCAUAUGGACUUACGGGAACAAAUGCUCGGCGAUGGCAGCUUCUCGAUUUGUCGGCGCUGCGUCCAUAAAGCGAGCGGCCAAGAAAUGGCGGUUAAAAUUGUUUCCCGUCGCCUUGACUGCAGCCAAGAAAUCAGCUUACUGCGCAGCUGCCAAGGCCAUCCGAAUGUGGUGCGACUGCACGACGUCUUUUACGAUGAGGCUCACACGUACAUCGUCAUGGAGUUGUUGAAAGGAGGUGAACUUCUUCAGCGCAUCCGACACCAAAAGCAAUUUACGGAAUCGCAAGCGGCCCGUAUUUGGCAGAAAUUAGUGGCAGGUGUUCAUCAUGUUCAUAGCAAAGGCAUCGUCCAUCGCGAUUUGAAGCCAGAGAAUCUGUUGUUUGAGAGCACGGAAGAGGAUGCCGAAUUGAAAAUCGUUGAUUUUGGAUUUGCUCGAUUCAAACCCGAACCGCAGAAACUAUUAAACACGCCUUGCUUCACGCUUCAGUACGCCGCUCCGGAAGUACUAAAAACCGCUCUGGUGCCGAAAGAUGGACGUUACGAGAACGGAUACGACGAGAGCUGCGAUUUGUGGAGCCUCGGAGUCAUCCUGUACACGAUGCUGUCCGGGCGAGCCCCUUUUCACGCCAACGGCCGUGAAGGAAAUGCCUCUGCAGUUAUGCAGCGUAUCAAGACGGGUGAUUUUGAUUUCGACGGCGACGCAUGGAAACAUGUCUCUUCCAGGGCGAAAAAUAUAGUACAAGGUCUUUUGACGGUCGACCCCCAAAAACGGUUGACUUUAAACGAAGUCAUGGCUUCUAGUUGGCUAGUGCCAAAAAUUCGUGAACCUCCACUCGGCUUCACGCCGUUAAUGACUCCUGGAAUAUUGUCCAUUCGGUCUUUUGCCAAGACAACUGAACUGGCUGUCAAACAAACUAUAGAUGCCUUCCAUAUGGCCGCCAGGGAGGGAUUCAGAUUACAGGACGUGUGCAAUGCAAGAUUGGCUCAACGUCGCAAAGCCAAACGGUCAUCCAAUGACGCUAGAAGCGUUUCCACUUCCAGUAGUUUCUCGUCGAGUUCUUCAGGCAACUCGUCGAUGCGAACAGCCAGCAAAGGGGAAGGCUCUGCCUCUUGGUCUUCCGUUGGCUUCACGCCACGCAAAAUGACGUCGGAAGACGACAACGUGUUCAGCUUUCGCGAGGCCCGUGUUCAAGAAUAUCUGUCCAGCCUGUCGGAGGCUGAGUCUUCAAGUCGGGACUCUUUCCACAAGCUGCAAGACAAAGAAGAAUCGCGUUCCACCAAGAACAGCUGGGGUAAUGGUAUCUGUGAUAGUCUUCCCUCUGUCGUUGACGAUAAAAUCAAGGAGGCUCCUCCGGCGCAAGAUUUGAGCCUACCCGGACCAAGUAGCAAUGACAGCAUCAUUCUCAUGCCUAUUUCGUCGUCAACAAGAUCCAAAAAGAGGCAACCCAUUAAGAUGUUAUUGCACACCAACCCGCUAGGCCAACGUGGCGAAAUGAAUUGCGAAGAAGAUGCGUCACUGGCGUGCACAAAGAGUUGGAAACAGCAUCAAGAAUAUUCUGGAGCGACGGAAUUCGAACGUCCACUAACGCGAGCCCGCAAGCGUCACAUGGCUCACGUCAACGAUGUUCAACCUUAUAUUCAACCCAUCCCUAAGCGACGAAAGAAUUUAUGAAGCUAUAUAUAUAUAGAGAGAGAGAAAGAGAGAUAGACGAAAAAUGUCUUAAUCAUUUGCCUAUACUGCGAUUUCCUUGGGACUUAUGAAGAGUAUUUAAAAUAGUUAUCCUUAAAAAGCGGUUAUGUUUUCGGUUAGCGUCGUCGGGUCGCCCCACGUCUUGUAGAUAUAUCAACGCGUUGUUCCCUUGUAACGAUACGGGGGGACUUGUACAUAUGUCGCAUUCUCGCGUGAAUGUGUUAACGGUCCGCGUGCGAACUUUUCGUCAACAUUCUGUCUCUAGUCAGUCGGAUCUGAGGCCUUAAACGUCAGCCGUGGUGUAGUGCUGUGUCCCUGACAAGGAGUUCAAAACAAAAUCAGCAGCCUAUCCGUGUGUUUUCUAUUGAAGGUUUGUCGGCUUAAGAGUGCCUUAAGAGAAAUUACGUCGACAGAGCUGAAUGUAACAAUUUAAAGUUGCUAUAAGGUGAAGACCUGCUGGUAAGUUGACAUUUUUUGGUUAAUUUUUCCAUUUAUUGGGAUGCAGUCACGAGAAUAACUUCUUUCAUAAAUAGGCGUGAAAACGGCUACACUAGUCCAUAAAACAGUUGAUUUUUACAUCCAAUCGGCCUUUUCGUUCAAACUUAAAAGCUUCUUGGGUUUCACAUUUUCAAUCGUGGCUUUUGUUUGUGUUUUUAACAUGCCCCACCCGUUACAGUUGUCAUGUCGAACAUAAGAAGCCUUUCAAUUUCGUCGGCCAAGUUCAUGGCCGAUGCAAGAAACUCUUUCUCUAUAUGCCUUUACUGCUUUUCUACGGGUCACCUGGCCGUGAGUAGGUUUUCUUUUUUUCUCGAAAUACUAUACGUGUGACGGACGGCGGGAGUUAAGGAAGCACAGAGAACACAUUCAAAACACAUUCAAACUACUCACGCGAAAAAAGAAACAACUUCUCAUAGUUUCGCAUUGUAGCAAUUCGGAAUCACUUACUGUCACUAGAUGAAAAAUAAUUUUCUUGUGUGUGCGUGUGUUGUGUAUGUUUUAACCAAUAGUGCUUGAAUACAGUGACGUAGUUUCGCCAAUUGCUAAACAAGUCGCUUACUUGUUGAUGUCGUGAGAUUCCGUACUAAGCUGUUAAAGGUCUCUGUAAAAUAAAAUAAGUGCUAGACGUGACAAAGAUAGGACGUAUUCGAUUCAAAUUGUCGGAGAGAAAUGAUGAAUGGGACGCCCUAUUAUUGGAUGAGAUUUCUUGUUGUAUGUGUAUAAUUAUGAAAUUGAUAUGUUUUGAAUAUUUGUGAUGAUACAUAGUGUUUAAAUGGAGUUUAUGAUUGUGAAAGGAAUAUUAUAGGCAGUAGCACAAUGA